GUGGUUCAGUUCUGUAGGGGGCUUAAGAAUAGGCGGUCGUGCCCGGAACGAGGAGCUCUGGAAUGACACACGAGAAGUAGGCCGCGCCAACCUCUGCAAAGACAGAGAGGCCGACCUGAAGAAGAAGUACUUGCUCUACCACGUAAAAUAAAAGCAGGCUGGGGUCGAGCUAAAGCAAAAACAAAAAACCAUCAUGAUGUCUUCUUCCGUUUCUCCGGUCAAGAAGAAGAACGGCGGCAAACAGGGCCCGAAAAUCCAAGCGGGGAAUUACAUCUCCAAGAUGGCGGCCAAGCCCAAGCCGAACGCUUUCCAACAGCAGAAGCAAGUGGUCAAGCCGCCCUUGUUCGAGAAAACUCCCAAGUACGCAUUGCCAUAAAUACUGUCGGGGUCUGGGAGGGUGCCAGAGGACUCGUCAUGCUGAACUCGCGCAGAACAAAGUGCCACCUCUCCUCGACAUCACAGCUGUACUCCUGCAUGUUGCGAAAUAAAUAGCGCUAUGCAAGCGACGGCGCGCAGUUCCUGCUCAUGCGCGCUCGACCUAAACUAACUACAGCACUAGAACAGCAGUAGAGAAGUUUCUCAUGCGUGGCUGCGUAGUAGAGUCAGAAGUUCGUCACUCAUGAUGUACUAGCAUCACAAAUUCCAAGACCCCGACAACAUAUUUGCGCGCGAUACCAAGGACAGCGCGGUGAUGGGCAGGAAGAAAAGCAACAUGCUGAACAUACGACCUGCUCAGGUGCUACAUUUUUGACUUUCUCCGAUUGUAGUUUGCGAAGUACAAUAAACUCUGGAGCUGGACUUUGUCUUGCAUGAAUAAACGCACUAGGGCCAUAAAAAGCCUUGCGCUUUUCGCAACGCAAACCUCGCCGGGUUCUAGGAUUGAUAUUUGAUGCUCCAGAACUUCUUGUCAUGCGAAAUUAUGAUUCCAGUGAGAGCAGGCGCAGACUGACCACCAGAGCCGUAUCAUGCUAAAAUUUUGGAUCAUGAACCCUCUCCCUCGCGCUGCUCUCCAUUGUUGUUGUAAGUUGUAUCACUUCUUGUGUUGAGAUUUUAGCACCUGAGCGGGCCAUAGAACAAACAGGAAGAUGUGUUUCUCGCGGCGAUGUUGGGAGCAGGUGGCCAAGAAGACGAGAAGCAAUCCAUCUACAAGCCCCGACGAUUGUCCGUGAGCAAAAGCUAUGGAUUGUAAAAAUGUCUGGGUCUGGAAGAGUCAUGCUGUUUUUGCAUGACACAGAAGGUCUGGCAUGGAAGCUCUAGCAUCACAGGUUUCGAGAAGCUUCCGCAAUGCCGAACCCGCAUGACAAAUCCCUGACUUUAGUGACAGAAGGUGGGCAGCUUUUGCUACGUUUGCAUGAGAGACUUUCCUGUGUUCUGAAAUACGCAUUACAAGUUGGAUUCUUCCAGACCCAGACAUUUUUACCGUUCAUAAAAGCAAGAGCAACAGUGCCGCAAACACGCCGAACAAGGGCGGAAACAAGAACAUGUCGAAGCUGGCGGCGCCGAAGAACUCCCUGUCGACUAUGUUCUCCUCCAACUUGCAAGAAGAAGACCAACUGUCGGUGAACAUAUCAAAAGGAAAAAUCCCCCCUCCCCAUAUCAAAAAGGAAAUCUGUGAUGCUGGAUUUGCGCACACAAAUCAGAUUUGUAUUGCAGGAAAGCAUUGCGGCCAGAUCCCCGGGCUAGGGAGGGGCGUAUGGAUCUAGUUGGUCAGCAUUGCAAACGGCUGACCUUUAGGCGCAACAGCAUGACAAAUCGCAUCCAUAAUGGGGCGGAAGCUUCUGCCCUUGUCUUCUUGCAAGACAAAUGUGAUUUGUGACCUCAAAUCAGCAACACAAAUUUUCGGAAAGAUACCUUUUCGAUAUGGGGAGGGGGGAUUUUUCCUCUCAAUAGAACACGAAGGGCAACAAGUCGAAUGUCGAGAAGUAUCACAGGAAAUAGUGUUAACAUGAACGGCUUUAUUUGGGCAUUGCAGUCAUGCAUGACAAAUUUUCGCUACCAUGCAUGCUAUGGAUGCAAUACAAAUUUGGACGUCAUUUCUCGUGCACGCCUAAUUGCCAAACUCUAUUAACGUUAACACUUUUUGGUGUGAUAAGAAGUAUAAGGAAAUCAUGAUGAUGAAGCAAAACAAAACGGCGAGCAAGGACGAUGAGAUCAAAAACAAGACGGGUACUAGCAGCUCCUCCGCCCUGUCUCUGAUCUCCGCCUCUGUGGGCCCGAACGCCCUGUCCCAGCGCCCGCGGGUUUUGUCGCUGCGACACUCGGAGUACGUGCUCAUCUGUCCGAACAAACAUCUGACGAUCGCGGCGGCGAAACUGAAAACCAAGGAAGACUCGGAGAUCGAAAACAUCAACCAUAUGAAAGUGUCAGGAUCGAAAUAAUCGAGGACAAAGUUGAAAUAGUUGGCAACGCAUAAAGUCGAUACCGCUUGUAAGCUGCCCAGUUUCAUCUUAAAUGAAUCGCAAUCAUCUAAGCGUCGCAUGACAAAAUAGCAUUUGAAGCAUGAUAAACUUUUUCAACUUGGUCAAUUUCAACUUUCAAGCCUGACACUACUUCCAUAAACCAACAGUUGGCGACUUUGCGGCAUCAGAUCGGGGACUUAACCUACUGCACCUGUGGCGCGGCAACGGCGGAAAAAUCGAUGUGCAGGCCGUGUUUGAAGCUGCAUCAGGACAAGAUCGAGAAACUGGAAGCGCAGCGGCGGACUUGGUACUCUCGCAGGAACCGGGCCGUGGCUUUGACCAAGAAGUAA